AUGUUUACAGGAUUAAUUGAGACAAUAGGUGUAGUUGAAGAAUAUAAUGAUUCAUCAAAUGGAGUCACUAUAACAAUCACUGAUUGUUCACCUAUAUUAGAAGAUGUUCAUCUUGGAGAUUCAAUUUCAACAAAUGGAGUUUGUUUAACAGUUAUUGACUUUGAUGAAUUGAAAACAAAAUUCAAAGUUGGUGUAGCUCCAGAAACUUUACGUUUAACAAAUUUGGGAAACCUAAAUAAAAAUUCAAAAGUUAAUUUAGAAAGAGCAGUUACUAGUGAUGUAAGAUUAGGUGGUCAUGUAGUUCAAGGUCAUGUUGAUACUAUUGCAACAAUAGUUAAUAAAACAAAAGAUGGUGAAGCUAUAUCAUAUACUUUUGAAUUAAGAGAUAAAAAUUUUAUAAAUUAUAUUGUUCAUAAAGGUUUCAUUGCAAUUGAUGGAACUUCAUUAACAGUUACAAAUGUAGAUGAUUCAAAAGGUCAAUUUUCAAUAAUGUUAAUUAGUUAUAGUCAAUCAAAAGUUAUAUUAUCACAAAAAAAUAUUGGUGAUACUGUUAAUAUUGAAGUUGAUUUGACUGGGAAAUUGAUUGAAAAACAAAUUGAAAUUAAUUUAAAACAACUAAUGAAUAGUGAAGAUAGUAUAUUAAAUCAAUUGAUCACUUCAAUAGUUGAAAGAAAAGUUAAAGAAUUGAUAAAAUAA